AUGUCUUCUUUGUCCAGCCGCCAGACAAUCAGUUCCGCUGUGCUUCUACAGAGAAUCGGAGACACAGUCGCGCGCGGUGUCACAGGGCUUGCGACCAAGGCUGACAUUGACGAGUCUGUUAAACCUCCAAGAGUUGUGCAAGAGGCCUACGUAAAGUAUUUUGCCACCGUGUCGGAAGGGCAAGAUGUACCGCUUCCUCACCAGCCUCCCGCCACUACAUCCGUUAGCGAACUGCCAACCCAAGCAACAGCUAUCGAUACCGCCUCGACCACAGCUGUGCUGUCAUCAACGCCAGAAGAGCCGAGCGCGCCUACGCUGAACGAAGAGACGAUCUCCGCCCGUUCCGUUGCUCAAGCUGAAGAAGACACACUAUCGGAUGAGGAGUUGAGGGCACUUCGACCGCUUCGUCAACAAUCGACACGUCUUCUCUGCAUCAAUGAAGACUUUCGCUUUAAGACUCUAGUCGGCUUAUACUACGCUCUCAAGUCGAGGAACCCAGCUCAAUCGUCAUCCCGGACCCGCCUCCCCGAGAGCCAGCUGAUCAGCAUGGCGCGCUAUGCAGAAUUCGACAUUCUUCGAGCCAUAGAUCGAAGGCUCAUAAGGAGGCAAUUGGCCUCGGUCCCAUCUCUUAUACUCAAUGAGUACUCAACUGGUCGGCAGAUGAUGUGGAGCAGCUUCAUAUAUAGCAGCAACUUCUCCGCGCUGAUCCAUAGAUAUCAGCGGUCCGUGCGUGAUAUUCUGAGGCAGAGUAGACGAGUCACUCGGUCGCAGUCUCCUCAGCAGAUAGGAGCUUUCGUCACCGUUCCUCGUGGCCGGGCUGGAUACCGCUAUCGAUCCGCGUCGAGGUCUGCGAGCGCGGAUUAUGGCGGUCAGGCACCAGUGACUGGUUUGGAUCAGGACAUGCACCAGGCGGCAAGUAACAGUGACUUCUCUUUCCCGAGCGCUCCUACACGGAUUUCCUCCUCGAUGGCACCUGGUUCGCUCGUGGCGUAUAGCGAUAUGCUUAUGGACGCUGAUUUGGCACUUCUCAAAGAACCCACGUCGGCCAAGCCAUACAACAUCAAGCUCGCCAACGAACUUCGCGGCCACACUCUCGUCGGGUUUUACGACAAGCUCGUGGAGGCCAACACCUUGAUUUCCCACCUCAAGCACGACGAAGACCUCCAGCAUGCGCUCGUUGAAGCCUACCAAGUUAUGGGCACAGCACCGUUCUGGAAUGACUUCAUGCCGCUUGAGACCCAGGAGCUGUUCAGGCUAGCGAAGCAAAUCGAAGACGAAGUUCUGGGCCGUCUGCUGAUGGGCGUACGGAGUAAGAAGCUCGAGGUUUCUCACGAAAACGAGUACAUCCGACUAACGGCGAGGUAUGGUCCGAGAACCGAUGCAAUGGGCCUGAGGGAGUUCGCAGCUUUGGCUGCGAAGAUUCUCGAUCCGAUGGAGGUAUAG